CAAAAAAAAAGUAUAUAUAGAGUGACGGAUUGAGAUAAUGAUGUCUUUAUUCAUUUUUUUUAUACAUACAUACAAUGAAAUUCCAAGUUCUCUUUGCUGUUAUCCUUGCCUUGCUCUGCUCUACUGUGGUUUCUUUGAAUCUUCCUUACAAGGACAUGUCUGACCAAGAAAUUGCAAACUUGUAUGUUUCCAAAAUGAAUGAUGCCUCAUUCAGUAUUGAAAAUCAAAUUUUCUAUCCCAGAAAUAAUGUUACUUGGUAUGUUGGUGAAAACGUCAAUGUGACAUUCAAGAAAGAUACUCCUUCCGACCAAACUGUUUCCAUUUUUUUCUUCAACCGUUCACCUCUUUUGGCUGGCGGUCCUCUUUCUACCAAGGUCUUCCCUUUUGAUGUGCCUGAAAACGCUCUCUCUCCUCCCGGAGGAACUUCCCUGUUGUUGGCUGUCAGAAGAAAGAACUUUUAUUUGCAAACUGUCGACUCUGUAGUUGUUCGAGUGCUUCCUCGAAGAAAUGCUUAAUUUGCUAGAUUGUAUGUGUCUAUCCUUGUAUUAUAAUCGACCAUCUCUCUACUUAUGUAAAUACAUUUGAUUUUAACCUAGUUUGAAUAAAAAAAAAUUUCUUGUCUCAAGCCUAAAAAUAUGUUCAAGUGAAACUGGACCAUUGGAUUGAGACUUGAUCCACACGCUUUUAUCUUGAAAAAAA